AUGACCCAGGACUUUCAACCUCGUGGUGGUCUUUUUUUCGCAGGUUCUGACGAUGAGGAUGACGACGCGAAUCCCACGACGGCUCAGAUUGGAGUAUUAGUGCAGCCAGCAUCUCACCAACUAGCUCCGCCAUCGGGUCCAGCUUGCUCCCCACACGAGAAACGUCUGUUCUUUGCCGAUAGUGACGAUGAAGAUAUUCCACGUUUCCAAACUCCAAGGCCAAUUGCGAUUGAUUCGGAAUUUGUCAUGGAUGGCAAUGACAGCGAAAGCGACCUGGAGAUACCCUCCUUUGAAGAGGUUCCUCGAGCUUCCAGCAUUAGUAGUAUGUCAUCAGGGCCUUCUCUCAGAAGUUCUUCUCCCGCGCCAGAUCCUUCUGGUGAAGAACCACCGGUCAAGAAGAGGCGACUCUCACCUUCUUCCAAGGUUCAGGCGCGUACGGGACAAGCAUCAUUUAAUCAUCUUGCAUAUCUUGGAUCCUUCCUUGUCGGGAAUGCCUGGAGUACUGUCAGAGGCAAAGGUUAUAUCAAACCAGGCGACACCAUUCGCAUCGAACGAGAUGAUGAUUUUAAGUUUGGCCUACCAGUCUCAGGUAAAGGAAAGAAGAAAGCCCUUCCCGACAACGGUAAAAAGAAGCAACUUACUCUCGGUGCUAUGCUGAAAUCGCAGCCACCCAAAAUGACGAAGAAAGCCGACACGGUGGUUCGCCUCACGAAUGACCGUGGUUUCGAGUUUGGCCGUCUUCCGCAACAUGUUUCAUCUUGGGUUUCAAGGCUUCUUGACUUCGGGAUUGUCGACUUCAAGGGCAGUACAGUGGUAGACUGCCCAGCCACCCUGCAUUCUGGCGCGGACUUGAUAGUCUCGUUGUCUGUUUAUGUCCGUGCACCUGCAUUCAAGCCACCGAGUACUUCCGUGGAGGGGCCAUCAAAAACGAUGUUCAACCAGGGCCAAGAAACACAAGAUGAACAAACUCUCAAAGAACGCAAAUCUGCGCUACUCUCUCUCUUCGAAGCUGUUAACCUCCGCCCUUGUAGGGGAGCUCACGCCCAAGACAAUGGCAACACGGAAAACGGAUCUGGCGGCAUAAACAAGAACCCGAUGCAACAUCCCGGCGGUGCCAAGAAGAAGAAAAUUGAAAUUGUCAGUGAUGGCGAGGAAGUCGAAGUAGAAGAAGGUGAGGAACUAUCUGACAACGAGUUGGAUGUCAUCUACAAGAAGCGGAACGACCAAUCGAUGGCUGAGAUGGAUCCUCCUAACACGUUUACAUUGAAACUAAGGGGAUACCAGAAACAAGCACUUAUGUGGAUGCAUACGAAGGAAUCAGGCGAAAUAUCUGCCAGAGAAGCCGUGUCUAUGCACCCUCUUUGGAGCGAGUAUGCUUUCCCUGCCGAACCUCAAGAUGGCAUAAUCGAUCUGACUGAAGACGAGAAGUCGUUCUACUUCAAUCCUUACUCUGGAGAACUCAGUCUUGACUUUCCUAAAGCUGAACGCAAACUCAAAGGAGCUGAUCUAUUCAUCUCAGUGGGAAUGGGAAAAACCAUCAUGUUAUCCGCUCUCAUUCAUACAAACCGGGGUCCGGAACCUAUUCUUCCUGACGAUACCUCCAGGGAUCUUGCACGCACUCGUCAGCUGAAACUUGACAAUGCCUUUCAGUCAAGAGCUCUCGGACAAAGGAAGCAGCCUACCAAAGGCCCUUCUGCAACGUUAGUUGUUGCUCCUACCUCACUGCUCUCCCAGUGGCACGAGGAACUCCAGCGGUCCAGUGCACCAGGGACCCUUAAAGUCACUGUUUGGCACGGACAGAAUAGGCUGGAAUUGGACGGUAUAGAAGAUGAUUCUAUGGAUGAUGCGUCUAUCAUCGUGAUUAUUACAUCCUAUGGCGUACUCGCCUCUGAACAUUCUAAACUCCUCAAGGCUGGUGGUCAAUCUUCUAUUUUCCAAGUGGAGUGGCUACGAGUCAUUUUAGACGAAGCUCAUCACUGUAAGUCCAGAACAAGUAAGACCGCACGAGCUGUGUAUGCUCUUCGUGCUAGACGUAGAUGGGCCGUAACAGGGACUCCCAUUGUCAAUAAACUCGACGACCUACAUUCGCUUCUCCAAUUCCUGGGAUAUACACCAUGGUCAUCGUACUCAUUCUUUCGCUCCUUUAUUACUGUGCCAUUCCUCGCUCGCGAUCCCAAAGCAAUAGAAAUAGUGCAAGUGAUCCUUGAGAGUGUCCUUCUGAGACGCGAGAAGAACAUGCGUGAUAAUUCUGGAAAACGCAUCGUCGAAUUGCCUGCGAAGGAGGUCACUGUUGACACACUGCACUUUACACCUGCCGAACAAAGGAUAUACGACUCUAUUUACAAUGCGGCAAAGCGGAACUUCGAUCAGCUCAAUGCGAAAGGGCUCGUAGGUAAAAACUACACCCACAUUCUUGCCAUGAUUAUGAGACUGCGCCGGGCAGUACUUCAUCCAGAUCUCGUUACUGAUACUGGCGAUGGGACAGAGACUGAACCUUCUGGACACUCCAAAGACGGAGCGAUUGACGUGGAUACCCUCAUGAAUGACAUCUCAGAGCAUGGUUUGUCGAGUGGCUCGAAAGCGGCCUAUGCUGAGAGCGUUUUAGCCAACCUUGACAUGUCCAAUGAUGCAGAAUGCCCAAUCUGCCUCGAUGUGAUGCAAACACCGUCCAUCAUCCCUCCCUGUAUGCACCAAUGUUGUAAAGAAUGCAUCAUGUCAUAUCUUGCGACGUGCACGGACAAGGGAGAGAUGCCACGAUGCCCAACGUGCUCGCAUGGGCCAGUCAAGGAGCAAGACCUCAUUGAGGUUCUUCGACCGUCUGGUCAAGAUAGUCCACACCAGGAGUCCACAGGGGACGAAAAAGAAGGGACAUCGACAUCAGAAGUCUUCCUGCGUCGAAAUGACUUUAAAUCGUCCACGAAACUGGAUGCGCUGGUACAAAACCUCAGACGACUUCGAGAUCAGGACCCAUACUUCCGUGCUGUCGUCUUCUCGCAGUUCACAUCCUUCCUUUCGCUUAUCUCUGUGGCACUGGACCGUGAACGCCUCUCAUGGUAUCGUUUUGAUGGAUCAAUGGACCUCAAGAAGCGCAAUGCUGCCAUAUCAGAAUUCAAGCAAAACGAGCGGAAGCCCAAGGUUCUCAUUGUCAGCUUGAAAGCAGGUGGGGUUGGUCUGAACCUGACGAGCGCCAACCACGUCUUCAUGAUGGACUGCUGGUGGAACGCGGCGACUGAAAAUCAAGCCAUCGAUCGCGUGCAUCGAAUAGGCCAAGAGAAAACUGUCUAUGUCAAACACUUUAUAGUCGACCACACCAUCGAAGGCCGCAUACUCCAGAUCCAAAAACGCAAGACUGCCAUCGUCAAAGAGGCGUUCCGGGGGAGCGAUAAAUCGGGCAAAGCAGACCCGGAGAGUCUUGAGAACCUGAAAGUUAUUUUCGGUGAUAAUUAG